AUCUUCAAACCUGGCAACCUCGUCGGCCCUCGACUCCUCCAUCCUGGCAUUUACCUUCAUCCUGGUAACUCGCAAGUCCCCGGACCAAAAACAGGAAGUGCACGAUGAGUUCAGCAGCCGAGGACGAGGACGCUUCGGCGUCAGAAACCGUCAAGUCGCUCACGCUCACGCGGGACAGCGACGGGAGCAUCAUACUGCACUGCCCCCCCAACGAUGAUGACUCAGAGCCCCUCCAGAAGAAACUGUGCCUCUCUACAGACGAACAGGAGGACUCGGACACGCCCCGUCUCGUGGUCACCCUUACCGAUGUCCGAGAGCGACGAAGGCUUCGAGGUGACGAUGACGGCCACGGCCGACGGGGAUCUCUCGGAGGAAGGUUGUCGCUCGAUUCAGGAUCUGCAGGAGGAUGUCAUGAUGGGUUUUUGAACUAUCCUCUGUUCAACAUUUCUUCCACUUUAGGUCACAAGUGGAAACAGGGCAUGUGGUCCAAAGAGGAGAUCGACCUUCUGAUGAGCAACAUCGAUCAAUAUGUUAAAGGCCGAGGCAUCGAGGACCCAGCAGAGAUUAUUUUUGAGAUGUCCAAAGAGGAGAGGAAGGAUUUCUACCGCUCCGUCGCGUUGGGCUUAAACAGGCCGCUGUUCGCCGUCUACAGACGAGUUCUACGAAUGUACGACAACCGCAACCACGUCGGAAAGUACACUCCUGAUGAGAUAGAUAAGCUAAAAGCGCUGAGGGAGAAACACGGGAACGACUGGUCGACCAUCGGGGCGGCGCUGGGUCGCAGCGCCUCGUCGGUCAAAGACCGCUGCCGACUGAUGAAGGACACCUGCAACACAGGUAAAUGGAGCGAGGAGGAGGAGCGACGUCUCACCGAGGUUGUGUACGAGAUGGCGGGUGCGUCGCCGGGGUCGGCGGUCACAGGCGGCGUCUCCUGGGCAACGGUCGCCGAUCAGGUUCGCACGCGCUCAGAGAAACAGUGUCGGUCCAAAUGGUUGAACUACCUGAACUGGAAACACAGCGGAGGGACCGAGUGGAUGAAGGAGGACGACAUCAACCUCAUCCGCAGGAUAUCGGAGAUGGAGGUGGAGGACGAGAACGAAAUCAAGUGGGAGGAUCUCGCAGGCGGGUGGAGCAGCGUCCGGUCGCCACAGUGGCUGCGCUCCAAGUGGUGGAGCAUCAAGAGACAAGUAACCAAUCACAAGGAGAUCCCUUUCAACGUCCUCCUGAAGGGUCUCCAGGAGCUCAUGGCGUCCUCACAGACCACAUCUGGACCAGGGAGUCCCUCCUCCUCCUCCUCGGCCCUUCAGAUCCGACUCGCCCGAUUGGAGGAGAGCGGCGGCGGCGGCGGCCCGGCCCCCGGCUCCAUGGCGGCGCUGCAGAUCCCCCUACAGAUCCCGCUGCAGAUCACACACCUGGCUUCGGAUCCUUCAGCAGCAGCCAGCGACAGUGAGACCAUCACCCUGAACACGGGGGCCCUGCAGACCUUCGAGAUCCUUCCUUCCUUCCACCUGCAGCCCACCGGCACCCCUGGGACCUACUACCUCCAGACAACGUCCAAUCAGGGCCUGCCACUCAGCCUCUCCACCAGUCAGGGCCUCCCGCUCAGCUUAGCCAAUAACAGCACGGUUACCCUGACGACAGGCUCCUCGCCCUCAUCACAUGAACACAUUAUCCUCCACAGCCUGUCGACGGACGGCCUCUGCUCCGGCGACGGCGUCAUCAUCCAGACUGUCACCUCUGACCCCGCCUCCUCGGACCCUCUUAGCCAAUCACAGCUGGCUGUGGAGACGGGACGGCGGAGCCCGGACGAGCGCCUGGACGCCACGAGUCUCCUGGAGGAGUCAGAGAGCGUUGGCACGGAAACUCAGGAGCCAAUCACAGACGACUUCACUGACAAGGAGCUGAGUUCAACGGCUGUUGAGGGUCCAGUGGUGCAUUCUGGGAUAAUACAUCUGGCCAGCACUGGGUUGAUUGUGUCUCUCACAUCAGAGCACACGGACAGGAUCCGAUCCUGGAGAACCAGGAAGGCUCCGACUGAGCCGGACGUCCAUCGUGGCAGGCGGUGA